CGACGGUCCCUGACGGAAGCUUUCUCUAUACCCGAGCUAUGGUGGUCCGCGUACCGCCGGAAUCUGAACGGGUAUUUUGGCUGCGAGGUGACGCAGGACGCCAAUGCUGUAGACACGUGGGCAUUAUUCGAAGUGAAGAUGAUCAAUGGCAGUCUCGACUACAAGUGGUUGAAGAUCGAUAUCUUUACGCGCUGGCUGCGUUCCGCGGGACACACGGUCAUUCUGCUGUUCGAUAUCCAGCAAGCUGUCCUUGAUCAACUGCUACUGCUGAUCGGUAGCAUAGGCGCGGGCUGUCUUGACGACCCCUUUUGGGCCUAUUCACCUGUCUUGGAGGCAGUCUUGGGCCUUGAGGACUCCGCGGUGUGGGCUGUGCGCGACCAGGUCAGGGCUAUCGAGAAAGAUGUUCUGUCCAGAGGUGCUCCGCCCCGGCCAGCAUACAGACACCUGCACGAUCUAGCCCGGCACGCUAUUCACGCAACAGAGGCAUUGGAGGUAGUGAAUCAGACAGUAGACCACAUACUGGCGCGACACACCGAAUACGCAAGGCCAGGACCUCGCUGCCCUACCGCCGUAUCAGGCCUCCAUUCUCGUCUGCAAUACGGCAAGACCGUGCUCAGCAGUCUACGGCACCGGUCUAUAUCGAACGAAAAGCGCCUCCAAAAUGAGAUUCAGCUUGCCUUCAACACUGUCGCACAGUAUGACGCAGGCACAUCCGUGGAGAUCAGCCGCGCGGCCCAGGUCGACAGUGCGGCAAUGAGGACCAUUUCUGUCGUCACCCUCGCUCUCCUUCCGCCUACCUUCGUGUCUGCUAUAUUUAGCAUGUCUUUCUUCGACUAUGAGGCUGGCGGGGACUGGACUGUGUCUGAAAAGUUUUGGAUAUACUGGGCGUUUGCGAUCCCAACUACCUUUGUCGCCCUGGCGAUGUGGCACUAUUGGGAUAAAGUC